AUGGCGAUCGAACCAAAAUCAAAUUUGAAUAUGGCGUCCAUAAUUCCGGAUUCCAUUCGGUUGCCUCUCGACGCGUACCUGAAGACCCGAUCAGCAGUUGAUUUCCUUUCAGCGUUGCCCGGCAUGCUGCAGAUAUCAGAAACACCCGGCUCUAAAUACAACAGCACAGUGAUGAAUGCGAUGGUGUUGUACGUUGGAAUGAAAGCCAUUGAAAGCUUGCAUGAGCGACGACAACGUAUCUCGAUUCACACGAUUGCGCACACAGCAUUCAUGGAUAUUUUCCAAAAUCUUGCUGUCCAGUUGUGUACAGAAGGUCGGUUUGUCAGCAAAGACAGUUGUUUGUGUCCGUUAGGUCUGGACGGACAUACGCCGCCCGGAUCGGACGCGACAAAUUUGCUCUAG